AAAUACCGGCAUUUUCUCCCUUGGUGCAAAUUGAAAACUACCACCAAUAUGAAAGUUACUGUUUGUGGAGCCGCCGGUGGAAUCGGUCAGCCGCUUUCCCUCUUAUUGAAACUCAACCCCCACGUCGAUGAGUUGGCUCUUUUCGACAUUGUCAACGUUCAUGGAGUGGCUGCUGACUUGAACCACAUCAACACCCCAGCAAAAGUCACUGGACACCAGCCAAAAGACAAGGCCGACCAGCUGGCUGUACGCGCGGCAUUGGAGAGAUCUGAUCUCGUGGUAAUCCCUGCGGGUGUCCCCAGAAAGCCAGGUAUGACACGUGCUGACUUGUUCAACAUUAACGCCUCGAUCAUCAGAGACUUGGUCAAGAACAUCGGCCUCACGUGCCCCGACGCAUCUAUAUUGAUCAUUUCGAACCCCGUUAACUCUACCGUGCCUAUUGCUGCUGAAGUAUUGAAGAAGUUGGGCGUAUUCAACCCCAGUAAAUUGUUUGGUGUUACUACCUUGGACUCGGUGAGAGCAGAGACAUUUUUGGGAGAUUUGGUGGGAGAGCCUGCCCCUGAAGUCAAAGGUCGUAUUUCCGUCAUUGGUGGCCAUUCGGGUGACACCAUCAUCCCAUUGGUGAACAUCACCACCUCCAUCUCGCAAAAGGUGCAGAAGAUCCUGACCUCAGACUACGACAAUUUCAUCAACCGGGUGCAAUUUGGAGGAGAUGAAGUGGUAAAGGCCAAGAACGGGGCUGGCUCUGCCACCUUGUCCAUGGCAUAUGCUGGCUACAGAUUUGCCGAGAAUAUCUUGCAGUCAUACUUUUCUAGUACUUUCAACUCCUACUAUAUUAAUGACUCGGCAUACAUUUAUUUGCCUGGUUUCGAGAAGGGUGAAAAAUUAAGCAAGAAGUACUUAGAUGGAAUUGACUAUUUUGCUGUGCCGGUUGCAUUGAGAAACGGAGCGGUGGAAUCGCUUGUGAAUCCGUUUGAGGAGUUCACCAUCAGUGAUGCUGAAAAACAGUUGAUAUCUAAGGCCUUGCCAGGUUUAAAGAAGUCGAUUGAACAAGGAGCUGCGUUUGUGACCGGAACGAAGCUUUGAUAUGGUAUUGGUCUCUUUAGAUUAGUUGUGAUAAACGCUUGUAUUAAGCAAACACCUCUAUAAUGGAUGCGAAAACAAUG